GCAGAUGCCGUAUCUGGUGAGUUGCUUCGUCUGAAUCAAGCGGCGCUAACAGUUGUAGACAUCCGUCAUGCUCGAAGGACUUAGGUACGGUAGCCACGUAACCGCCUCUAUGUGGAAUUGCUAACAAGGUAGACUUUCAUACGGCGCCAGCUCUCGAUUACAGCGCAUCGCUCCAGACCGCAACCUCCAGUUCCAAGAAUGGUCCAUCCCAGCAGGAGUAUGUUCUGACACUAUAUACGAUAUAGUAAUUGACAACACUAGACACCCGUCGGCAUGAGCACUGCCCUACUCCACCACAACGAGAACAACUUCCCCGACUCGCGCGAGUUCAUCCCCGAGCGAUGGCUAGACCCGGAAAAGCGUAAGCACCUGGAGAAGUAUAUGGUGUCGUUCAACAAGGGGUCGCGACAGUGCGUUGGGAUGAACCUCGCACGAUCCGAGAUCCUCCUGGCUCUCCCGAAUGUCGUCCGCCGUCUAGAUCUGGAGUUGUACGAAACGACGCGUGAGGAUGCAACACUCGCCCAUGAUCUAUUUCUCCCUUUUGCGCGGGAGGGAAGGAAAGGCGUUCGUGUUUUAGUACAGUAGAUAAGCUGUCCUAGUUAACAGGAAAUACCCGCAUAUUAAUAUACCUUAUACCGGCUUGUCGUGCGAGACCACUCCUCAUUACCACUGGCCAUAUAUUUCAAGGCCUCGACAUACCUCUCCCCUGAAGGAGAAAGCUCCAAACCCUCAGUCAACACAUCCAUCUUA